AUGCAGAAUCACGGGACACGUGGGAACCGCAGACCAACGGGCAAGAGGAAACUCUGUGAGGGCAACGCAGAAACAGCUGAAGAACUGGUACGAAAUAAUCAAGGCACAAUUCCGGAUCUCUUUUCACGAGGAAGGAAUAACAUAUCGGGCCAUAAGAACCGGCCACUCUCGCCGUCGAGCAAACGGGUGAAGCGCAGCGAAGUGGAAUCUCACCAACAGCGAGACCCUUCGGUCCAACUGCAGCCAACCCAAGAACGACUUCCGGUCGAGAGGAUGUACAGCUUUUCAAGUCAGGAUGCGCAAAACUCGUCGAUCAGGCAGCAAAACAACCGUAUCUCUUCGCCUGCCGUGAUCCAAAAUUACCCAAGCCCGUCGACAACUCCAACCAAUUUCACGCCACAUACGGGACCCAAACGACUCACAGUUAAGAACCUUCGAGUGGUGCCGAAGCUUGAUCAGGACCAGUAUUUUGAGACAGUAUGGGCACAACUCGACCGUGCUCUAACCGCGAUAUUCAAUGGUCAAAAGCCAGCCGAUUCGUUGGAGGAACUGUACAAAGGCGCAGAAAAUGUUUGCCGCCAAAAGCGGGCUUUAAAUUUGGCACAGAAGCUGAAAGACCGUUGCAAAACUUAUAUCUCCAAUUACGUGGUACCAACCUUGGUCGCGAAAUCCAAGAAUAAUGACAACAUUGAUACUCUGCGCUUGGUGGAGGCUGCAUGGGCAACUUGGAGUUUACGUUUGGUUACAAUCCGAUCAGUAUUUUACUAUCUUGAUCAGUCUUUUCUCCUCCGCUCUACAGAACACCCUACCAUCUAUGAAAUGGGGAUGAUUGCGUUUCGAUCAAUUGUUUUCCUCAAUGCAUCACUAAAACCGAAAGUUCUGCAGGGAACGUGCGAAUUAAUUGACCUGGAUCGAAAUAAUGACCCCUCUGCCGAUUCUACUUUGCUUAGACGCGCAAUCAAACUAUGCCUAGACCUCAGAAUUUACAAGCAUGAAUUCGAACCAGUGAUGCUAGAAAGCUCAAAGGAAUAUUUAAAGCUGUGGGCGGAUACCGAAGCCAAUUCUAGCUAUCUCGCUACGUACGUUGAUAAAAGCCAUCGUGUCAUUGAAACGGAGAUGGCGAGAUGCGAUCUGUUCAACCUUGAUAUGAGCACCAAGCACAGCAUUUCGGAAAUGCUUGAUACUUACUUGAUAGCAAAUCAAACUAAUACGCUAUUGAAGGAAAGCGACGUACUAGGACUAUUCAGGACCAAUAACCAGGUUGCCCUUGAACAGCUAUAUUCACUACUUCAACGCCUCGAUCUGGGAUCCCGUCUCAAGUCUGCGUUUGGCUCAUAUAUAGCUGACGAGGGUUCCUCAAUUGUAUUCGACAAAGACAGAGAGAAUGAAAUGGUUGUCAGGCUACUUGAUUUCAAACAGGAUUUGGAUGAUAUUCUUAUAAACUCCUUUCAAAAGAAUGACGUACUCGGGCGUACCCUCCGGGAAGCAUUUGAGACAUUCAUCAACAAAAGACAGAGAAGGGCUAAUGGUGCGCAGCCUGGGGAGAUGAUUGCAAAGCAUGUGGAUCUUCUACUUAGAGGAGGUUUGAAAGCGAUUCGCAAACGUGAGGUUCCAAUGAAGAACGGCGAAGACAUUGCGAUGAUCGAUGAAGAUGUCGAAUUGAACAAGGCACUCGAUCAAGUUCUGGACUUGUUUCGUUUUGUCCACGGAAAGGCGGUUUUCGAAGCCUUCUAUAAAAAUGACCUUGCUCGGCGUCUGUUAAUGGGAAGAAGCGCUAGCGAUGAUGCUGAAAAAAGCAUGCUGGCCAGAUUAGCAUCAGAAUGUGGCUCGAACUUCACUCACAAUCUCGAGUCUAUGUUCAAAGACAUCGACCUUGCGCGUGAUGAGAUGGCUUCAUACAAUGCUUUGCAGCGCGAGAAACGAGAAAUGCCAGCUAUGGAUUUGUACGUUAACGUCCUCUCAUCGGCAGCUUGGCCAUCCUAUCCCGAUGUACCGGUGAAAGUACCUCGAGUGAUAUCGAAUGCGCUGUCCGACUUCGAGUUGUUCUACAAUAACAAAUAUAAUGGGAGGAAACUCAAUUGGAAGCACUCUCUUGCGCAUUGCCAGCUGAAAGCAAGAUUCCCCGCCGGCAACAAAGAGAUUGUUGUAAGCUCAUUCCAGGCAAUUGUCUUACUUCUGUUCAACGAUCUAUCUGAGGGUCAAACUUUAUCAUACCGUGAAAUCCAGGAAGAGACAGGCCUUUCGGACAUUGAAUUGAAGAGAACCCUUCAAUCCCUCGCCUGUGCGAAAUAUCGAGUUCUCACCAAAAGCCCAAAAGGGAGAGACGUAAAUGCGACGGAUGCCUUCGGAUUCAACACCAAAUUCUCUGAUCCCAAAAUGCGCAUCAAAAUCAACCAAAUCCAGCUGAAAGAAACGAAAGAGGAAAAUAAAGAGACACAUGAACGCGUUGCGGCAGAUCGGAAUUACGAAACACAGGCAGCCAUUGUCCGCAUCAUGAAGAGCCGAAAAGUUAUAUCACCCCAGGAGCUUAUCGUCGAAGUGAUAAAAGCAACCAAGAACCGUGGCGAUCUCGAUCCGGCGGAUAUUAAGAAGAACAUUGACAAGUUGAUUGAAAAGGAAUAUAUGGAACGGGACACCGAGUCUAAUAAGUACAAGUAUCUGACGUAA